GAUGUCCCCCAGAGCCAUGCAGUGAGCAGCUGCCUGCGUCCCAUGACGAGGUUUUAAUUUUUCCAGCCUUGGGGACUGAAUUUAUUAAGCACUUGUGUGGCCCCUCCUACCGUGGGAGGGACAGCUCCAGCAGCCUUUCUAAUGCUGGGUGUCACACAGCGGUGUCACCAUUCAGGUCCCGGAGUGUCACAAGCAAAGGACACAGCAACCCAGGUGCGGCAGGAAGCAAAAGAUAACCCCUCCAUGUGCGUCCCGGAGAGGAGGAAGAUGAGAUAAAGCCACUCCAAUGGAGUCCAGCUCCACUAGCCUCAAGAGGCUCAAGUUCGGGAAGCUGAAGGUGGUACGUCGGCGCUUGCUCCAGAGGUACGAGCAUCAGCCCUUCAUCUCCUGCCUGGCUGGGUUCUACAGCUGCCGGUGGAAGCGGUACCAGCGCAGAAGGACCGAGCCUGGGAAAUGCUGCUGCAAGACGCGGGAAUGCAUCUUUUUCCCACUGCUUGUUGGAGCUUUCUGCUUUUCUCUGAUCUUUCUAUACAUGUGGAGUGAAGCAAAAAAUGACUACAAUAACUUUGACUGGUAUAACUAUGGGAACCUGGGCUUCUGGUUUCUCUGGUCUCUUGUUCUCCUGAUUGUGGCCGCGAUCUUGUUCACGUACAUCACGCUGUUAUUGGUCCUAGCCAUGUGUUUGCUUGCAGAGGGUCAGCAGCUGUACCUACACUGGAGCCACAAGAUUGGGACUUUUCUUGUCCUGGGCUUCUCUAUCACAGCCCUCUUCAUAUUAUCAGUGCUCUGGGGAGAUCAAUGGAAAACUGUCCGUCUGUCAUUUCAGAUCACAGCUCCCUAUCUCCACAUAGGGGCAAUAACCAUCAUGGUCCUCCUGUCCUGGCCUGUGGCUCUUCAUGCCAUCAGAGCACAUAAGAAAGUUGUUCAGGUGAUAAUUGUUGGUCCAUACCUGGCUAUCCUUCUCUUUCUUUUCUUGAUACCUCUGGGGAUGUACUCUCCUUGCAUCAGAGAGAUGGGGACACUUGGACCAAAGCCAGCCCUCAUUGGACACCGUGGAGCACCAAUGCUGGCACCAGAGAACACUGAGAUGUCAUUUCAGAAAACAGUUGAACAUGGUGCGGAUGGUCUCGAAACAGAUGUCACCAUUAGCUACGAUGGGGUUCCUUUCCUCAUGCAUGACAGCACCUUGAGGAGGACAACCAACAUCAAGGAGGUCUACCCCAAUGACACUGCUCAAAAUGCUGCGUUAUUCUCUUGGGAUACCCUGCAGGAGUUGAAUGCUGGAACGUGGUUCCUUAAGGACAAACCAUUUUCAUGCAUGGGCUCACUGUCAAGGGCAGAUCAAAACCAGGCAAUGAAUCAGUCCAUUUACAAGCUAAGUAAUUUCUUGCGCCUUGCAGACAGUCAGAAUAAAGUUGUGAUAUUUGAUCUCUACCGCCCUCCAGAGAAACAUCCUUAUAGGAACUCAUGGAUCAACAGAACCCUGGAUGUCAUCCUCAAUGAGUCGGGGAUUAGACCCCAUCUGGUCCUAUGGCUGGAGGAUGACAUGAGGUCCUUUGUUCAGUCUGUUGCUCCUGGGUUUCAGCAGACAAUAGGCCGUAAAGUCCCAGUUGAAGACCUCUUGAUGGACAACAUUGUCAAACUCAAUCUGCCCUACACUGAAAUGUCCAGUGAAGAUAUCAGGAAAUAUGCUGAGAGAAACAUCACCACCAACUUCUAUGUGAUCAGUGAGCCAUGGCUUUUCUCCCUGGCAUGGUGCUCUGGGGCACACUCUGUGACAACCAAUGCCGUCCACACGCUGAAGAAUCUCAGCCAGCCACUCUUCCUCAUGACUCCGCAGCAAUACAACAUCAUGUGGAUCCUGACAGACCUGACCUCUGUGCUCCUCAUCUCACUCAUCUUUGCUCUGCACUGGUGGCGAGAGAGAAGUUUCUCCUGCUGUGCCCAUGAUGACGACCCAAUGCUGGAGAGUGGCACUUACAACAAAUUCAGGACAGAGCUCAGCGACAUGCCUGCCACCAUGGCCUGACAUGGACGGGGAGGGGAUUUGGACCUGCCAUCUCGAUGAGGACUGGAGGGCAGAUCCUUCCAUGCUGCUCUUUCCUGCAAUGCAAACAUCAGCCUACCACGGGGUCCAUCUGGGGGACUCAGAUCCUCUUGUUAAGGAGAAGCAAUUUACCUCCAUGACCCCCUUGGAGAUGAGCACUGAGCUUCCUCUCCUACAGCUUUUCUCAUAGUCCCAUGCCUGGCAGAGAUCCCUGGGUUGUUGGGGAGCACAGAUGGAUUUGCAGCCAUGAAGAAGCUGUGCACCAUGGUGAGAUGCAGCAACAAUGUGGGAGCCACCGUUUUCCUCUGAGACCAUUGGCAUCCCACAGGGCACUCAUCCUGCCAUCCCUCCAGUGUCUGUAAGCCCUAUGUUUCCACAGCUGUGUUUAGCACAGGCUGCAAACACCUGAGCAUCCCCUGAUCCUCCUUGUUCAUGGCUGCCCAUGUUUCUUCUUCAGACCAGCCUCUUCUCCACACACUCCCUCGCUCCCUCCUCACAGGUCUCCUCCAGCCCCAAGACCACACCACCCCCACCAUGAUGGCAUCCUUGCCCUGCCAUAAACCCUGACAGAACAGUCUGUUCCCCUUGGCUGUGGGCGAGAGCAUCUCCUUCCAGGGGUGCUGAAGGACUCUUUGGUGCCUUGGCCAUCUAACUAACUGCUGGGACUAUGACCAGGAACACAACACUUUUCUUCAGAAGAAUUGAGCUGCAUAUGAGUUGGUCCCACGAAGUAUCCUGUUCACUCUUCCCUUGGGAAGGUUUCUAUACACUCUCUGCACCUGGAGAUCUAUUCUGAUUUUCAUUUCUCCCAGUGGCCGCUGGCACAUAGAAGGAAGGGGGUUCCAUGCCCUGUUCUGCAAGGGAGAUGUGAGCAUCUCCCAGGUUUAAGCCAUAAAUUUCUACUUGAACAGAUAGUAAGAACACAUGUUUUUUGUAAAUUGCAAGUGCUGUUUUAAAUACAUUUUAGUUCUCCUA